UAGGUUGCGCACAGCUGCGGUGGGGACCGAAGUUGGUAAUGGCCAGCUGGGUUGCCUGGGGCAACUGACAGAACUGGCCCGGCACUGCUUUGCUUUGCUAUCACCUAGUCCUGACGGUCCAAAGGAUCAUGGGAACAGGCAGCGGUCAGCAGGGGGACAUUCUGUGUCUGAGUGCCAUGGAAACCUACCAAUUUGGUUCUCUAGGUAAACCUGAACGCAGGCCCCGCCCAUCCGCCACGCCCACAGGGAAAGGACGCGGAAAAGCCUAGCCGCAGGUUACUGAAUAUGUAAUACUAUGCAGAUAAGGCGGGCGUGGCUCCCACUGCUGAUAGUUAGGAGCUUCCCACUCCACUUUGUAGCGGCUUAGGAGCGCUGUCUCUUUGCACCUGUCUCUCUCGGCUAUGGCUUCGCGCCGGGUUUCACCUGUUGAGUUGCGCGACAAGUGCUCCGCCGGCAAGUGCUGGGUCCUUCUCGGUAACAAAGUGUACGAUGUGUCGGCUUUUGUCAACCUCCAUCCUGGGGGGGAGCGAUUACUGCAGGACCGGGCUGGGAAGGAUAUCCAAGCAGAUUUGAAUGGACCCUCGCAUCGUCACUCGGAGAACGCUCGCCGCUGGCUGGAGCAGUAUUAUGUGGGAGACCUAGAGCCGGAGCCCCAGGAACUGAAGCCGCAGAACUUGAAAGAGAAACCGCAACAAUACAGCUCAGCCACAGACCAUAAAGAUGUUUCUACUGGAAUUCAGUUUAAAACUUUCAGCCCAGAGACGGAUUUAGUGGACUGGGAGAAGCCUUUACUCUGGCAAGUGGGCCACCUACAGGAGAAGUAUGAUGAGUGGGUACAUCAACCGGUGAACCGACCUAUCCGGCUAUUCCACUCGGACUUUGUGGAGUCAUGUUCCAAAACAGCCUGGUACAUCGUUUUGUCUGUAUGGGUCCCUGUGGUUCUUUAUUUAUCUUGGUACUGUCUCACAGAACUGUCUCAAGGAAACACAAGGCUCUUCUCUUCAUUCACCAAAGAUUAUUCCGUUCCUGUGCCAGUGUUUUUCUUCUUUCCACUUUUCCUUAUUGGAGUAUUGAUCUGGACACUUAUGGAAUAUGGAAUUCACAGAUUUGUCUUCCACAUGAACCCACCUGCUAGUAACUACUAUCUCAUCACCCUGCACUUUAUGUUGCAUGGACAGCAUCAUAAGGCUCCUUUUGACAGCUCUCGUCUAGUGUUCCCUCCAGUUCCAGCAUCCAUUGUGAUAAUUCCUCUAUAUAUAUUGGUGCAGCUUCUUUUCCCAGUUCCAGUGGGGCUGUCUAUCUUUGUGGGAGGACUUUUUGGAUAUGUGGCAUAUGACAUGACACAUUAUUAUUUGCACUAUGGCAGUCCUAGCAAGGGCUCAUACCUGGCCUGGCUAAAGUCUUACCAUGUCCGCCAUCACUUUGAGCAUCAAAAAUCUGGUUUUGGCAUCACCAGCACCUUGUGGGACGGUCCCUUUAACACUCUUAUUCCUGAGGAUAAGGAUAAAGACAGCUAGGACGUCCCAUGCUUAUAGUUUUAUACAUUCACAAAGACACCUGCUGGCUUGCAGCCUACUGUACAUACAGGGGGAGGAGAACAUGUGUUUUCACCUUUCUAUAAAUAAAAGAUGUUCAACUUUUUCCAUUGAUCCCAUGUGUUAUGGGAUGCAUGUCAGCGGGAAAUAAUUAUUUAUUAAGGAAAAAACAAAUUGAAGGGGAUUGCCAAGAAAUGUAAGAAUGCCUGUGCUUGGCAUCUACUUAAUCUAAUGCAAUGCAAGUGUUUCCAUAGCUGAAAUGGACCGCGACUACUUGACCAAGGAGGUAUACACAGACACAUUGUAUUCCUUUAAAAUCGCACUGACAGACUUCAGCUUUAACCCUGGCUCCCCCUGUCAUGUGAACAGCACAUUGUAAAAUUCCUAAUGUGUAUAAAUGCCUAAAAAUAAACUAAUAUUUUCUUUUUUUUUAAGAAAGCAAA